AUGGCCAAUUACUAUAAAGUCAAGGCAGUGGACAUGACCAUUUUCAACAUCCCUGGGAGCAGGACCCAGGUGGAGAGGCCCCUGGUGAGAUUGCAGGACAAACAGGUGGCCUCUGACCAGUAUCAGUCUCUGAGAAUGAGCGACUUGACCAGCAGGUGCUACUGCAAAAUCAGCUCCUGGAUCAACUGCAGCGAGAAUGAAUCAGGACAAGGGAUUGGGCGACAGGCACUCCCAGGGUUGUCACAGGUGCAGGCGCAGUGCACCUGCAGCGACAGCUCCUUCCUGCAGCACUGGGCCACCGCCCAACAGCACCUGGGCUCUGGGAAGGAGCAGCUGCCUCACAAGAAAGAUGAAGAAAAGGAAGAUUUAGAGACAACAAGGCGGGUUGCUCAGUCAGCCCUGCAGGAGAACUGGAAGCGGCAGUUCUCCACCCCUGAAAUGGCAGAGACCCUGAAAAGGGUGUCAUCUCUAGCGGAUCGUUCGAAAUUGGAAGAGCGCAACGGACGGUGCAGAGAGCAGAAGUACAAUUAUGAAAGUCUGCCAACGACGUCCGUGAUCAUCGUGUUUUAUAACGAAGCUUGGUCAACCCUCCUUCGCACCGUUUACAGUGUCCUCGAGACGUCCCCAGACAUCCUGCUGGAGGAGGUCAUCCUGGUGGAUGAUUACAGCGAUAGAGAGCACCUGAAGGAGCGCCUGGAAGCCGAGCUGGCCCACCUGCCCAAGGUGCGCCUCAUCCGUGCCACCAAGAGGGAGGGCCUGGUGCGCGCCCGGUUGCUCGGGGCUUCGGGGGCCAAGGCCGAUGUCCUCACCUUCCUGGACUGCCACUGCGAGUGCCACGAGGGCUGGCUGGAGCCGCUGCUGCAGAGGAUCGGGGAGGAGGAGACGGCGGUGGUGUGCCCCGUGAUCGACAUGAUUGACUGGAACACUUUUGAGUACCUGGGCAACUCCGGAGAGCCUCAGAUCGGUGGCUUUGACUGGUGGCUGGUGUUCACGUGGCACGUGGUCCCUGAGCGGGAGCGGAAGCGGAUGCAGUCCCCCAUCGAUGUCAUCAGGUCCCCGACAAUGGCUGGUGGGCUGUUUGCUGUGAGUAAGAAAUAUUUUCAGUAUCUGGGGUCUUAUGAUACAGGAAUGGAAGUUUGGGGCGGAGAAAACCUCGAAUUCUCCUUUCGGAUCUGGCAGUGCGGUGGGACCCUGGAGACACACCCCUGCUCACACGUCGGCCACGUCUUCCCCAAGCAAGCUCCCUACUCACGCAAAAAGGCUCUGGCCAACAGUGUCCGCGCUGCCGAAGUGUGGCUGGAUGAGUUCAAGGAGCUCUUCUACCACUGCAACCCCCACGCACGCCUGGAGUCCUUUGGAGACGUGACCGAGAGGCAGCAGCUCCGUGAGAAGCUCAAGUGUAUGGACUUCAAGUGGUUCCUGGAGAACGUGUAUCCUGAGCUGCACGUGCCCGAGGACCGGCCCGGCUGCUUCGGGAUGCUCCACAAUAAAGGACUGCAAGGACUUUGCUUUGACUAUAAUCCUCCUGAUGAAAACCAGAUUGUAGGGCACCAGGUUAUUCUGUACACCUAUCACGGCCUGGGCCAGAACCAGUUCUUCGAGUAUACAUCCCGGAAGGAGAUCCGCUACAACACCCACCAGCCCGAGGGGUGCUUGGCGGUGGAGGCGGGCGGGGAAAGCCUGGUCAUAGAGCUCUGCCAGAACCCGGUCCCCGAGAACCACUACUUCCUCCUACGUGAGGAUGGCACUCCACACCUCAUGGGCUACCAGAUAUUGCGGCUGUCUUUGGAGGCUCACUCCUAG